AUGAGAAAUGGCCGGAUAUUUCGAUCUCGAAACGGACAGGGGCAAGGACGAAGCGAUCCAGGAUCUCGUACCGAUCUGGGGAACCCCCCAAGUUCUGAUGUCAUACCGCCAGAUAGGUCAGUAUCGCGCUGGAAAUCUUUUUUGAGGAAGGUCGUACCUAGGAAAUUGGCUCGCCCGUUUCGUAACGUCCCUUGGAGCCAUCAUGGGGAAACUCCGGAGGUGGAUUCUGCAGAAGCCAGCCAGCUGCCUCCGCCAUCGCUCACUACACGACGACGUCAUGUCAGCUCCCGGGCGUCGCCUGGCAAUAGGACGCUCUCUUCUGAUAUGGGACGGAUAUCCCCCGAAUCCAACGCACCCCGAAUACCUCAAUCACCACCCGGGGAGCCGAAUUUGCCUCCCGAGCCGACCUCCCUGACGGGCGAUGCAAGCCUCGCCGUAUCGCCGCGAAGGCAGGCUAUCUAUAUCGACGGCGAAACAACACCUCAAUCACCACCCACGCUGUUUCGCCAGGUGAGCGCCCCGCAGAAUAUAGUGGUCGGACUUCCUGGAGACGAUCCGAGCCGGAAACGCCAAAUGGCAGCGUCGCUGGACACGCAGUGCAGGGGCCUUAAUCUUAUGAGUUCCGAGGCAUGGGACCGAUUGAACGAAGACGGCCGCGGGGUUCUAGAGUCCGCUGGCGACGCCUUUGUGCGCAAUCUGGGCCCGCACAAGCUCCGGGUUCAUGGGGUGGUUCGCGGGCUCGAGUGGCAUUUCAAGAACGGGUACCGCACGUACACGGACGACUUUCAUGUCUUUGACAUGCGGGACUUUGAUGUCUUGAUUGGAAGUCAGAGCAUCUAUCGGUAUCGGAUUUUGGAACCUGGGCCUGACCUUAGGCGUCACAUGGAGAGAGAUGCGGCAGAUGAAGGGGGCGGCGGUAUAUAUAUUGAGGUGAAUUCACCAGAGCAUUAG